AUGACAUCUCACCUGUAUGAUGUUGUAAUUAUCGGCGGUGGAGUGAGUGGAUUGUCAGCUGCAAAAUAUUUAGGAGAGCAAGGAGUAGAUUUAGUACUUCUUGAAGCCACAGAAAGACUUGGUGGACGCACUCGCACGAAUAAAAAUGAAAAUGUUCUUUGGGUUGAUCUUGGAGGUGCAUAUGUCGGUCGAUCGCAAAAUCAUUUGUUGCGAAUAAUCAAAGAGUUUAACUUGGAGUUGUAUCCAGUCAAUGAAGUUGAAAAACUCGUCUACUACGAUGGAUUUAGUGGAAAGCGCACUCUACUGAACUCUGACCAACUGCCAGCAAAUGGGCUACUCGAUUGGCUCGAUCUCAAUCACAUGUUUCGCUUGAUAGACAAAAUUGGAGAGGAUAUUCCUGCUGAUGAACCUUGGAAAUCGCCAAGAGCAGAAAAACUUGAUCAAAUGACAUGCAAGGAAUUUCUUGAAGCAAACACCAUAAUGAGCGGAGCUCGUCAUUUUAUGAACAUAUUUUUCGGGACUCUUGUUACAAAUCCAGCUUACCUCUCGUCGGCGCUAUGGUUUCUGUGGUACAUUAAACAAUGUGGAGGAACAAAGAUGAUCUUUGCCACGACAGGCGGCGGUCAAGAGUUCAAGGUAAAUGGUGGAACCAUGCAGAUUAGUGAACGAAUGGCCGAAUGUGUGGGCAUGCACCGAGUCCUUCUUGGACAUGCAGUGUACUAUGUUGAACAGAACGACAGUGAAGUGCUCGUAAAGACGCUCAAUGGAAAGGAGUUUAGGGGAAGGUACACUCUGGAUGAUAGCAAGUGGCCAGAUGGAUCUAAACCGGCCAUUAUUGGAUUCUUGCCCUCGGACAAGUCUCGUUUAAUGACACAACUGACCAAAAAUGAGAGACAAAAGAUCAUUUGUGAAUCAUUCGCCAAGGCGUUCAACUGUCCAGAAGCUUUAGAGCCUGUUCACUACGAAGAACACAAUUGGUCAGCUGAGCCCUAUGUCGGCGGCUGCUACACUUCGACAUUACCACCCGGGUUUCUCACUUACUAUGGACCGUAUUUGCGACAACCAAUUGGACGAAUGUUCUUUGGCGGCACUGAAUGUGCUACUGAAUGGUCCGGUUAUAUCAACGGAGCCAUUCAGUCGGGAGAACGGUCGGCGAGAGAAGUGCUCGUUCAGCUGGGCAAACUCUCUGCAGACCGGAUCUGUCAGGACGAGCCAAACUCGGUAGACUACCCACCAGUGCCCUUUUCAAGUACUUUCUGUGAACGUUACGCCCCCUCUGCAAGAGGACUUUUCUAUGGACUUGCUUUCACCUCUCUGGCAACGGCGGCAGCAGCAGGACUGACAUUUUAUUACAUUAGAGAAAAAAGCUACACAAGUGCCUACUAUUACCUGAUCAAGGUAUAA